CACGAGUCCAAUGUUGCGGAGCUGCACGCCACCGUGGUGGAACCUCAGUUGAAGGACCACAAGGACAUGGCUGGUGGUGUCGAACCCCCGGUCGACCUUGUCAUGUCGAGAGCCAGCACAGCCGAUGGUGAUGAGCCCACUGACGAGGAGAGGCGGACGCUGCGCAAGGUCUCUGACAAGCUGCCAUGGUCUGCCUUCCUCGUCUGUGUCGUCGAGCUGUGCGAGCGUUUUACCUACUACGGUCUCUCCGGUCCCUUCCAGAACUACAUCGAGAACAAGUACGGCGGCACUCUUCCUGGUGCCUUGGGCAUGGGCCAGACUGCUGCCACGGGCCUCACCGACUUCUUCCAGUUCUGGUGCUAUGUGACGCCUGUUCUUGGUGCCAUCGUCAGUGACCAGUACCUGGGCAAGUACUGGACCAUUUUCUACUCGGCCCUCAUCUACAUCGUCGGCUGUCUUAUCCUGUUCUUGACCUCGUUGCCUGUCGCCAUCGAAAACGGUGCAGCCUUGGGAGGUCUGAUCACGGCCAUGAUCGUCAUCGGAUGUGGCACGGGAGGCAUCAAGAGCAAUGUGUCACCUCUGAUUGCAGAGCAGUACGAGAACACCACUCCAUUCGUCAAGACGCUCAAAUCUGGCGAGAGGGUGAUUGUGGACCCUGCCACAACCAUCAAGAGAAUCUACAUGGUCUUCUACAUGAUGAUCAACAUCGGCAGUCUUUCCAGCAUCGCCACCACAGAGCUCGAGGCCCACAUUGGGUUCUGGGCUGCCUACCUGCUCCCCUUCCUCAUGUUCAUUGUCGGUUUUGGCGUGCUCGUCGCCGGAAAGUCUCAGUACAAGAUGAGACCACCUCAAGGAAGCGUUAUCCCGAAGGCCUUCAAGGUCCUGUGGAUUACCGCCAGAAAUAAGGGCAAUUUCGACGCCGCAAAGCCCGAGUACCACGAAGAGUUGGCCAGCAGCAGCGGCACCACCCGCGCCAUUACCUGGGACAGUAUCUUUGUUGAGGAGGUCAAGCGGGCCAUCGUUGCCUGCAAGGUCUUUUGCUUCUAUCCCAUCUACUGGGUUGUAUACUCGCAGAUGCUCAACAACUUCAUCUCCCAGGCCGGCCAGAUGACCCUCCACGGCAUUCCCAACGACCUGAUGCAGAACUGGGACCCCAUCACCAUCAUCAUCUUCAUCCCCAUCUGCGAUUACUUCCUGUACCCCGGCCUGGCUAAGCUCGGCUUCAACAUGUAUCCCGUCACCCGUAUCUUCUGGGGCUUCAUGCUGGGCGCCGGCGCCAUGGCUUACGCUGCCGGUGUACAGAAGCUCAUCUACGAGUCCGGCCCUUGCUACGAUGCCCCCGCGGCCUGCCCUGCUGCUCUGAAGACCGACGGGAGCUACGUGCCCAACAAUGUGCACGUUGCCAUCCAGGCGCCCGCCUACCUGCUGAUAGGCCUCUCCGAGAUCUUUGCCAGCAUCACAGGCCUCGAGUAUGCCUUCACCAAGGCGCCCGCCAGCAUGAAGAGCUUUAUCAUGUCGCUCUUCCUGCUGACCAGCGCCUUCGGCUCCGCUCUAUCCAUCGCCCUAUCGCCUACUGCUGUGGAUCCUAAGCUGCUGUGGAUGUAUACCGGCCUGGCGGUCGCGUGCUUCGUGGCGGGUGUUGUCUUCUGGCUGCUUUAUAGCAGGUACAAUGAUACCGAGGAGGCCAUGAACGACCUGGAAAAGUACACUGAGAAGCCCAAGCAUGUUGGGGAGAAGGAUGAGGAGGAGGCCUAGUUGGGUUAUUAUUUAUGAAUUGUUGAGGGCCUGUAAAGUUUCGUCAUUAGAUCUGUACACGAUUCAUAGCAGACUCUUACUGGAUGGUUUUAGAUUAGUCGUCCUGCUACUCUAUCAAAUCCCGUCUUUUAUUC